AUGGACGCCGAUGCCAAGGGUAGUUCUAACCUCACCUUUCGUAACAAACAUCCUGGCUCAGGGGUGGAAUGGCUUUGGAGUUUCUUUUUGACUACUCCUGGGGACCUGCCUGAAAUCAUUUUCAUAUUGUCUUUGAUCUGCAUAAUUGGAGCAUUUUGGAACCUACACUUGAAAGACUUUCCAGUUCCUCUUUCUGUGAUAUUAUUUUUCAUUGGAUGCAGUUUUGAAACACUAAGUUUUACAUCUUACCAGAUCCAAAGAUAUGCAGAUGCCAUACAAGAGAUGAGUCCAGAAUUAUUUUUUAGACUAUUUACACCAGUAAUUUUCUUUAAUGUUGCAUUCGACAUGGAUGUAUACAUACUCCAAAAGUUAUUGUUGCAAAUUCUUUUAAUUACAGUUCCUGGCCUUUUAAUUAAUUAUUUCUUAAUUCUUUGGUAUCUGUCAUCUGUGAAUAAAUUACAUUUGAAGGAUACUCCAUGGCUAUUAUUUUCAGCUAUCCUUGUGAGUUCAGAUCCCAUGCUUACUGCGACUGCCAUAAGAGACCUUGGUCUUUCUAGAAGCCUCUCCAGUUUAAUUAUUGGAGAAAGUCUGAUGACCUCUGUUACUUCAUUAACGACGUUUAGUGGUAUCAUGGAUAUUAACAAAAAAAGACAAAGCAAGAUGAACCAUACCUUAGCUCAUGAUGUCAUCGGUGCAAUUUGGUCAUAUUUUAUAGCAAGUUUCUUCUUUGGAAUUCUGAGUGCAAAACUAAUCCAGUUGUGGAUGUCAAAUAUUUUUGAUCGUGAUGUCAAUCACAUAAGUUUCAUCUUUUCAAUGCUGUACUUCAUCUUUUAUAUUUGUAAAUUCUGGAAUUGUCUAUCAUUUGUUGCUUUUCUUAUGGUGUUUACUUUCGUUGGACUUUUCAUUCCUGCUCAUGUAUAUUUCUACGUAACAUUUUCUGAUAUAUAUUAUUCAAUAAGUAUCUACUUUACACUGAUUGUUUUCAGACUUCUGGUCUUUCUAUUAAUGAGCCCUAUUUUGUCUCAAGUUGGCCAUGGGUUCAACUGGCGCUGGGCAUUCAUAAUGGUCUGGAGUGAAGUGAAAGGGACUCCUAACAUAAACAUGGCCCUUCUGCUUGCCUACUCUGACCCUGCUCUUGGAUCUGAGAGGGAAAAAUCUCAGAUAUUAUUUCAUGGAUUGAGUGUAUGCUUAAUUUCCGUGAUUGUCAAUAGAUUUAUUUUGCCAAGGGCAGUUACUGAACUAGGUCUUCGUGAUGUCACAUCAACCAAAUAUAAGUCAGUUCAUUAUACAUUUCAACAUUUUCAAGAACUAACCAAAUCUUCAGCCUCUGCACUGAAAUUUGAUAAAGAUCUUGCUAAUGCUGAUUGGAACAUGGUUGAGAAAGCAAUUAUUCUUCAAAACCCAUAUACAUUGAACCAAGAAGAAACAACAGAGCAUCAGAAGGUGACAUGUCCAGACUGUAACAAAGAGAUAAAUGAGACCCUUAACACUGAAGCAAUGGAGCUUGCCAACAGGCGUCUCUUAUCAGCACAAAUAGCAAGCUACCAGAGACAAUACAGGAAUGAGAUUCUGACCCAGAGCGCAGUCCAGGUGUUGGUAGGUGCAGCAGGAAGUUUUGGUGAGAAGGGAGAAUGUAUAAGUAUUGAGACAUUAAAGAAAUAUUCUGAAAGCAAAAAAUUCCUUACCAUUAUUAGAAAAAUACUGCUCAAUUCGGUAUAUAAUACUAAAAAUGAAAAUGGGGUCCCAUCAGGGCAUUUCCUUUUUCGUGUAUGUCACAAAAUAGUAUUUACUGCUGAAUUUGAGUAUGUUGGAUACCUUGUGAUACUACUGAAUAUAUUUCCCAUUAUAAUCUUUUGGAUACCUGAUUUAGGUCAAAUCUAUGACCAAGAAUUAAGAUGUGCUAACUACAUUUUUCUUACAUUUUAUAUUCUAGAGGGCCUACUUAAGAUGACAGCAAUAAGGAAGGAUUUUUUCUUACAUACCUGGAACUUAUUUGAAUUACUAAUUACAUUAAUUGUCAUCAUAGAUAUAAUACUUGUUGAGAUAAAUGCCAUUAAUAAGAGUGUUGAUUUGAUUCAAACAUUGGUCUUUAUAAAAGUUGUUCAACUUCUUCGUUUACUACGCAUUUUGAAGCUCAUAACACCAAAGUUGCUACAAAUAAUAGAUAAAAGGAUGAGUCAUCAUCUGUCCUUUAGGUAUGCUAUACUAAAAGGAUAUGUCCAAGGUGAAUCAGAUGUACUGACUAUAAUUGAUCAGAUUGCAAACUCUAACCAGGUUAAACAGAUGUUAUUAAAGCGGGUAACAAAGAAUAUGGAACAUGCUAUGAAGGAGCUAGGCUACUUAGAGUGUGAUCACCCAGAAAUUGCUAUCACUAUGAAAACAAAAGAGGAGGUUAAUGUCAUGCUCAAUAUGGCUAAAGAAAUUAUUAAGGCUUUCAGGUUAAAAGGAAUUAUUCAUAAAGUUGAAGGUACUGAAAUUGAAAAGUUCAUCUUGACCAAAAAAAGACAAGUGCUUGAGUUUCAAUCUGUUAUCAAGCCUCUUACUGUUGAAGAAGUUCUGUAUCAUGUUCCAUGGCUAGAUAAAGAAAAAGACCAUAUAGACUUCAUUCAGGUAAUAUUUUUAUUUUCUAAUAUUAUCUUUAAUUUACCAACUAUGGUAUAUGUAUUUUUCUCUUUCUUUGUUCCUGAACAGCUGAAACAAUCAAAGCCAGGUUUUGGGAUUGAUCAAAUAUUGGAGUCGGAGGAGAAAGAUCAACCAACAAUUUACACAGACUAUGCACUCAGUGGGGAAAUAAUAGGAGAGAUAAACUGCUUAACUAAUGAACCUAUGAAAUAUUCUGCCACCUGCAAAACUGUGGUGGAGGUCAGAUAA